AUGAUAAGCCGAGAUGCUGGAUUUUAAGAUCUGGAGAGUGGAAUUCAAAGCAAUAAUUUAUCAUCAGGAUAAUUAGUUGAUUUGGAAUAAAAUAGUCCAAUGAAUGUAUAAUAAUUGGAUCCAACUUUAGAGAUUUCUAAAUUAUAAUAACUAGAGGCUCUAAGAAUGAAAAGAGAUAUAUUUGAUAAUAAACAUAAGCAAGCAUUAAAUUUAGGAAAUAAAUCAGAUAUAAAUGAGGAGGAUUGUUUAAUGAGUAAUCUAAGGUAAGAAUAUUUGAUAUAAUAGUGGAAAAAGGAGUGAACCACAAGGGUCAGUUAGUUCUUUAAGUUAUAAUAAUAAGAAGCAAAAACCUUUGAUUGCAAAAGCACCAAAGCAUAAAUCAAACAAAACAAUUUAAUUCUAAUAAAAAUUAGAGUAGGAUGACUUUGUAAUAGCAUCUCCAUUAAAUCAAAGUAAUAAUUUAGGAAUUAAAUCAUAUGCUAAGAUAGCAAAAUAUUAAACAUUUGUAUAAUAAUUGGAAGAGGAACAAGAGUAAAAUGAGAAAUAAAGGAAAGCACAAUUGUAACGAGAUACAGUGAAAUAACAAUCAUUAGUUUUAAGAGGAAAAAGUAGAGAAAUGAAAACAGGGUAUUAUUAUUUAAUAAAUAGAAAGAUUAAAUGAUGUUUGGGGAUAGAAAGCAUUAAUAAUUAUUAGAUUAGUAUCUCGUUUCAUUUAGUAAUUAAAGACUAAAACUGAAAGAAUUAAAUUCAGAUUAAUAACUUAAAGAAUAUUUGAAGUAAUUUGUGAUAACAGUGCAAAUUUUGAAUAUUUACUAAUAAAUAGAUUAAUUAAAUAGAAACCAAGUUUUGGAUUAAUAAUAUUCCAUCAUUUUUAAAAUAGAGCUUUAAAGCUUUUAAAUGGAAUAGAAUAAAUAAAUGAGUUUAUGAGUAAAUAUGUGAAAGUGAUAAAACCUGAUAGUUUAUUUAAGAUAGUUUGGGACAUUAUCCUAUUACUAUUUAUAGUAGUUAAUAUAUUCUAUAUUCCAAUUUAUAUAAGUUUUGAUGUAAGAUCAUCUGGAUUAUUUGAAUGGAUAUUUGAUUUAUUGCCUUCUUGGGUAUUUAUUGCAGAAAUUUUAUUAAAUUUUAAUACAGCAUACUACGAUAAAGGAUUAAUGCACGAGGAUAGAAAGCAAAUAAUGAAACAUUAUGUAAAGGGAAAUUUUUUUUGGGAUAUAAUAGUAGUGAUUCCAUUUUUGAUUUCUUAUUUAGAUAUUCCAUUUGUGAGAUAUACAUUAUUAUUGAGAUUAACAAGAUUAUCACCAUUAAUGACAAGUAUUGAAGAAGUUCUAAACUUAGAAGUAUAAUAAAUAUAAAUAAAAAUGUUAGGAUAGUAUAUAAAUAUUUCUGGAUUUAUUGAAAUUAAUAUUCUUUUUAUUAUUAACAGGACAUUUUUGUGGAUGUGCAUGGCAUUGGGUUGCAAUAAUAGAAUAUUAAGAUUAUGGAUAAGAAGUAACUUGGUUGACUCGUUAUGAACCAGAUGCAAUGAAUUUGGAAUGGUUUGAUAGAUAUAUAAUAUCUUUAUAUUGGAGUGUGAUAACUACAGUUACAGUAGGAUAUGGAGAUAUUGUUCCAGUUACUACAGUAGAGAGAGUAUUUGUUAUUUUAGUAACAUUAUUAAUUUGUGGUGUGUUUGGUUAUUGUCUAUCUAAUAUUGGAAAUAUAUUCAAAUAAAUAACAGAUAAGAAAGCUAUUUAUAAAUAAAGAAUUAGAGAAAUUAAUUAACACAUUAGAAAAAGAGGUUUAAGUUAUAAUUUGUAAUUAAAAGUAUUGUCAACUUUAAAAUUAUUUAGGUUAAAAAAUAUUUUGAAUAUUUCUUGAAAGUCAAAUAAGAAGAAGAUUAACAUGCAGAAUAAUUUAUAGAAUAAUUAACUAAACAUUUAAGGGAAGAAGUCUUAAUUGAUAUUUAUAGUAAGACACUCAAACAAUCAAGAUUUUUAAGAGAGAAUUUUAGUGAAUCUAUUAUUAAUAGAUUAUGUUAAAUUGUUAAAGAAACUAAGUUAUAUCCUGAAUAAGUACUUUUUUAAAGAAAUGACUCUCCUAAAGCAUUAUGGUUUGUUCUAUCUGGUGCUGUUGAAUAUGUUGCUGAUCAUUAAAGUAUAUUAUUAAUCUUCUAUUAUCAUUAGAUGAAGAUGAUCAUUAUUACACUGAAACAUUCUUAAAAAAAUUAACUCAAGGGUACUCUAUUUGCCUAUAUAAUUUAGAGCAGUUAUUGGUGAAAGAGAAUUUAUAUCUUAAACCCCCUAUGAAUAUAAUGCAAGAGCUACUAAAUUUACUUAACUUUUAGUUGUUGAGUAGUCUUAUUUAUUUUAUUUAGUUAUUAAUAAUUCUAUUUAAUUUUGUAAGAAAAUAAUGAUGAAUUUUAAAAAUAUUGUUUAGCUAAAGACAAUCUAUUAUUUAAUACCAAUUAUAAAGCUUUUGGAUAAAUUUGUGAAAUUUGUGGAUGGACUCAUAGAUUUAUUCAGUAAAUUUAUCCAUUUAUUUAGAUGUCCUUUCGUCUUUCUAUAACCCAAUAAAAAUAAAAUAGCAAGUUCUUUUGUAUCAACUAAAAUUAAUAAAAGAUUGAAAUUUCCAUAUAGAACUCUACCUAAAACUAAUUGGAGAAAUACUGUAAUUGAAGUUUAAGAAGCUGCUCUAGGCUAUAUAGUACUUAAUAACAUAAUACCAGAAAAGUAUUUAUUAUAUUAUUAUAAUAGAGAAAUAAAUGAUAAUUAUCUUAUUAAUUUGGGUUUUGAAUUAAAUGAAAAAGAUGAUGAACUUUCUAAAAUUGUGCCCAUUAAAAAAAAUUCGAUGUCUAAAGAUCCAAAAAUCUUAUCUCAAUAUGAAAAUAAUUCUUAAUAAUAACCUAUACAAUAACCUUCGAUAUAAACUGUAUUAUAAGAUUAAAAAUCAUAAAAUUAGACAGCCAUAUUUCAUAAAGAAGGAUAAAAAAUUAAUUUAACAAAUGUAAAUUUAAAAUUUAUAUUUUAGGAAAGUAUUAUUGAUUGGGAUUAGGGUAGUUAAUUAAAAAAAAGCAUGAACAGAAUAAAAUUUUAAGGUCUAGAUAGAGGAAGAACAUUAUAAUCAAUUAAAGGAAAAUAUCAUCAAAAUAAUGGUGGAGGAGCUGAUAUAUUAGAAGAAUCUAUGAUCUAAGAAGAGGUUAAAAUUCAAAAUACUAAUAUUGGAUCUUAAAAUUAUAUUCAUAAUAAACUGAAAAUGGUAAAAAGUAAACAUAAUAAUUAAAAUGCUAUUGGAAUAAGAAAAGUAUCAUGGCUUGAAUUUGAUAGUGGGAUAUCUUAACAUUAAGGUUAUUAAAAUUUAUAUUAUUUUAGAUGGGAAAACAGCCUAAUUAUUUAACAAAUAGAUUAGUAAAGGUAGUGAGUCCAAUUUUGAUUAAUCUCCUCCUCUUAAUUAAUAAGAAAAUCAAAUUAAAUAAAGAAUAGAAGCUAGAGAAAAUAGCAUAAUUUCAAAAAAAACAAAUAAUAAGUAAAUAUUUUAAGAUUUUAGUAUUGAUAUAACAAGAAGAAAAAAGAGAAGGAAAACUACUUAACUCUUAUAAUUCUUUUAAGGAAUUGAAGGUGAUACUAAAUCAACAAAAAAAGUCGAAAAAAGUAUAUUAGGAAAUGAUGUAUACAGUUCAAGUGUUUAUACAACUGGAGGACCAAGUAAUACUGCAUUAUUGGAUAGCAAUAAUAAAGAAAAUAAUGUAGCAACAGAUAAUAAUAGUGUUCAUGUUGCACAUUCUUUUGAUGGCAUUUAAAAAAGAAUCUAAGACAUUGUUCAUGUUCAUUUUGAACUGGAUUUAGAUAGAUAUAAAUCUUCUAAAUAUUAUUUCCCUGAUUUUAAUUUAGAAGUUGUAUUAUAAAAAAUUGCUUUAUAUUAUGAUAAAUUGAAUGAUAAACAAAACGAAUUUGAUAUGAGGGAAAUGAAAAGAACAAAAACUAAUAUGACUCUCUUUGAUAGAAUUAGAUAAGCAAAAAACACUACAGUUAGAGGGAGUUUCCUUGAUAGAUCAUUAAAAGAAAAUGAUUGAAUAUAAAAAGACUUAAAAC